UUAUCAGUGCUACUUGUGCCUGUUAAACUUGUCUAUAAAAGGCUCCCGACAAAGGAGGUUCUGUGUGUAUAACACAGCAAAAAAGGGAGAAAAAAAAAGUUUUGGUUUACUAUUUUAUAUUACAAAAUGGGUAAAGAAAAGAUUCACGUUAAUAUUGUGAUUAUUGGCCAUGUGGAUUCUGGUAAAUCCACCACUACUGGUCAACUGAUUUAUAAAUGUGGAGGUGUAGAUCCUCGUACGAUCAAGAAAUUGGAAAAAGAAGCGAAUGAGAUGGGAAAAGGUUCUUUCAAGUUCGCCUGGGUAUUGGAUAAAUUGAAAGCUGAGCGAGAACGAGGGAUCACUAUCGAUAUCUCCUUGUGGAAAUUCCAGACGCAAAAAUUUACUAUAACAAUUAUUGAUGCUCCCGGUCAUCGGGAUUUUAUCAAAAAUAUGCUGACGGGAACGUCUCAGGCUGAUGCUGCUUUGCUUGUAGUUUCUGCUGCCCCAGGAGAGUUUGAGGCUGGUGUCUCCAGGAACGGGCAAACAAGGGAACACUGUCUGCUGGCUUACACCUUGGGUGUUAAACAGCUGCUUGUCUGUGUAAACAAGAUGGAUGCGACUGAACCACCAUAUAGCCAGAAGAGGUUUGAAGAAGUGGUUAAGACUGUAACAGUCUACCUCAAGAAGAUUGGUUACAACCCAGCUGCAGUGCCAUUUGUUCCGGUUUCUGGCUGGACUGGAGAGAAUGUGCUGAUACGAAGUGAGAAAAUGCCAUGGUUCAAAGGCUGGAGAAUUAAACGCAAAGAAGGCAAUGCAAGUGGGAAUACCCUUUUAGAGGUUCUUGACUCCAUUCUGCCUCCAAUUCGUCAAACUAAUAAACCAUUAAGAUUGCCUUUACAAGAUGUAUACAAGAUAGGUGGUAUUGGAACAGUACCGGUUGGAAAAAUUGAGACUGGAAUCCUGAAACCUGGCAUGCUCAUAUCCUUUGCUCCUGCAAAUCUAACUGCUGAAGUAAAGUCCAUAGAAAUGCACCAUGAACCAAUGCAAGCAGCUUUUCCAGGCCACAAUGUGGGUUUCAAUGUUAAAAGCCUAUCUGUAAAGAACAUCAGACGUGGGAAUGUUGCUGGGAAUGCAAACAAUGAUCCACCAGAAGAUGCUGCAAGCUUUACUGCACAGGUCAUCAUCCUUAACCAUCCUGGCUUAAUAAAGGUUGGCUACUCUCCUGUCGUUGACUGCCACACUGCUCAUGUAUGCUGCAAAUUUGCAGAGUUCAUUGACAAGAUUGACAGACGAUCUGGUAAAAAGCUGGAAGACUACCCAGUGGUACUGAAAUCUGGAGAUGCAGCGACUGUUACUAUGGUUCCCACUAAGCCAUUCUGUGUGGAAAGCUUUUUUGACUACCCACCUCUUGGUCGUUUUGCAGCUAGAGACAUCAAGCAGACUGUUGCAGUUGGAGUGAUCAAAUCUGUGGAAAAGAAAAUGGCAACUCCUUCAAAAAAGCAGGCUGCUAAAACAAUUAAAUGAGUUUUGUUUAGUGUUCUGUUGGAAAUGAUUCUUGGUUCAGUAUUUAGAUCUUUUGUUUUAAAGGGUAUAUCUUGUAUACCAGUAUGUCAGAAGACUGCUAAAACAAUUAAAUGAGCAUUUUGCUUUGUUCUGCUGGAAAGAUUUCUUGUUUUAAAAGAUAUACCUUGUAUGCUAGACAGUUGAGUACAGCCUUAAGUUAAAGGUUGUAAAGCUUACAGAUUAUGUAAGCUGAAUAUUGGUUUAAGUACAUUAUAUGCAAAACACCCAAUAAAGUGUUAAGGUUA